UUAUCUCACCUGCCGUCGAUUUCUCCUGCCUGCCACGGCCUGCGUCCCUGUCCACCAUUUCCUCGCAAGAAAACAAGCCCGGGAUCAGAGCUCCGGUCCAUGCCAAGAACAAGAAGCUCUCUCUCCUUCCUCCUCCCUCUCUCUCCCUCUUCUGCUUUUGGCGGGGGCUCUGCUCCGCUCACUGCUCACCACCCCACCCAGUACAAAACCACCACCGCUAGCUAGCUUCAGAGACAAAGCAGUAGACCACUACUGACUGGAUACAACACUCUCUGCCUCCGUAGCUAGUGAAGCAGAGCUUGCUUGCUCCGAGCUCGAGGUCGCCAUGAGAGCCAUCGCGGCGGCGAAGGGCCCGCACGGGAACGACCCGAUGUCGUCCUCCAGGAGGCACUUCAGGUGGCCGGUUCUUGGCAAGAGCGGCAGCCGUGGCGCCGGCGCGGCCAGCGGGGACGAGGGGUAUGUGAGGGGCUCGGAGGCCGAGGAGGAGGAGGAGGAGGACGAGCGCGCCAUGGCCUUCUCGUCCGCCUGCCCCUCCUUCCACUCCGAGGACUUCGUGUCCCCUCCCAAGAAGCCGGUGACGGGGACCGCCGCGCCAGCGCAGGAGAAGCAGCAGCAGAGGAGGAAGGUCCGGACGGCGGUGGCGCGGCUGCGGUCGGCGCUGUCGGCGGCCGUGUCGGGGCGGCGGCGGCAGGUGGGGCUCGGCGCGCGGCUCACCGGCACGCUCUACGGCCACCGGCGCGGCCACGUGCACCUGGCGUUCCAGACGGACCCGCGCGCGUGCCCGGCGCUGCUGCUGGAGCUGGCCGCGCCCACGGGGGCCCUGGUGCGCGAGAUGGCGUCCGGCCUGGUGCGCAUCGCCCUCGAGUGCGAGCGCGCCAAGGCCGCCACCGGGGGCGGCGACGGGGGCGGGAGGAAGCUGGUGGAGGAGACGGUGUGGCGCGCGUACGUGAACGGGAAGAGCUGCGGGUACGCGGUGCGGCGCGAGUGCGGGGCCGCGGACUGGCGCGUGCUCCGCGCGCUGGAGCCGGUGUCGAUGGGCGCCGGGGUGAUCCCCGCGGCGAGCUGCGGCGGCGGGGAGGGCGACGUGAUGUACAUGCGCGCCCGGUUCGAGCGGGUGGUGGGGUCCCGCGACUCGGAGGCCUUCUACAUGAUGAACCCCGACAGCAGCAGCUCCGGCUCCGGCAUCAAUGGCGGGCCCGAGCUCAGCGUCUACCUCCUCAGAGUCUGAUCGGCCGGCACGGCAGGUGGAUGGUCGUCGGUCAACUAGCGUUUCUUUCGGCUUUGUGCAUUCGGUUGGUGGAAACGGGUUAGGCUUCAGGGGGCGUUUACGCUCGUUGGAAGCGUAAACGGGGGUGGGAACCAAAUACUACGUUUUGUUGUUUAGCAAGCAGGGGAGUCAUUUGCUAGUGUUGGGUGUAAUGAUUCUGUAGAUUGAGACGAAUAGUUUGGAUGGACUCCGGACAACUGAACUGGAGUGGUAGUAGCUCUACCAGUAGUACCACGCAUGUUGCGAUCAUCAAUAAAAUAGUAUUAUCAUUCGGGUA